UUAUAAGUAUGGGUCGGGUGGGGAUGUUGUGGGUUUACCGAAAUAAUGAAGUUAAUUUUAAUAUUAUAGUGAAUUAACAAUGAAUUGUUAGUGUAAAGCAUUUAACUACAUAUCAGUCAGUAUUUUUGUAUAUGUUAUUUAAUAUUUUUGUGAUUGUUUUAUUAUAAAGAACGGUACAAUGUCCUCGGGAGUAGCAGUGUGGUCCAUGGGGCUGAUAUGCCUGGGGUGCAUGUGGCUGAUCUCCCACCUCUACCACCUGCUCAUCGACGCGUACGAGCAGUCCGCCACACUCAGUGAUAUUGAGUAUUCAUGGUUCUUCCGGCUGCUGCUGAACCUGGUGGGGUACUCGACGGUGCUGCUGCCCAUGUUCAUCCUGUACAAAUAUCUCGACAGAAUCAACUACUUCGAUAAGAUAAGCAACACGGGCUUCACGUACCGCGUGCUGUUCGCGUGCUUCGGCGAGCCGGGCGAGCGCCUGCCCGACGCCGCCAAGCGCAAGGACGAGACGCCGGCGCGCGAGGGCGCCGAGCUGGCCUUCUGCUUCAUCGGCCUCAUGGCUUCCUACCUGGUGUGGGGGCUGCUGCAGGAGAAGAUCAUGACGCAGAGCUACGUGAUGUCGGACGGCAGCACGCAGCGCUUCAGCGACUCCGCCUUCCUGGUGUUCGUGAACCGGCUGGCGGCGCUGCUGCUGGCGGGCGGGCGCCUGCUGUGCACGCGGGCGGCGCUGGCGCCGGCGCCGCUCUACAAGUUCUCGUACUGCGCGCUCACCAACGUGCUGAGCGCCUGGUGCCAGUACGAGGCGCUCAAGUACGUCAGCUUCCCCACGCAGGUGCUGUCCAAGUCGUGCAAGGUGAUCCCGGUGAUGCUGAUGGGCAAGUUGGUGUCGCGCAACAAGUACGACGCCUACGAGUACGUCACCGCCGUGCUCAUCUCCGUCGGCAUGGUGCUCUUCAUGUUCGGCAGCCACGACGACAACAUGGUGUCGAGCGCGAUGACGCUGUCGGGCGCGGCGCUGCUGGCGCUGUACAUGGUGGCGGACAGCUUCACGUCGUCGUGGCAGGGCGCCGUGUUCGCGCGCUACGGCUGCGGCGCGCUGCACAUGCUCUGCGCCGUCAACGCCUUCUCCUGCGCCCUCACCGCCGCCGCGCAUGCGCACCACGCGCCGCCGCUCAGCCUGCUGCACCACCCGGUGUUCGCGGCGGACGUGAUCGUGCUGUCGGUGAGCUCGGCGGUGGGGCAGCUGCUCAUCUACCACACCAUCUCGCGCUUCGGCGCCGUCGUCUUCACCAUCAUCAUGACGCUGCGCCAGGCGGUGUCGAUCCUGCUGUCGUGCGCGGUGUACGGGCACGCGGUGUCUGGGGGCGGCGCGCUGGGCGUGCUGCUGGUGCUGGGCGCCGUGCUGCUGCGCCUCUACGCACGCGCGCGGCGCCGCGGACGCAGGGCUCUGCCCGCAUGAACACACACACCUCACUCCUUCACUUCUACCUAACUCAAACUACAGUUCAAUUUCCUAAACCACUUGUAAUAUUCUACUACCGAAAUAUAUCCACAGGGUGAAAUGACAUAUUUAAUUCGAAAUGUUUAUCAGCAGUACGCCCGCUCUUAUUGAGUAAUACACGUGACACUCUCGACACAUUUCUAUGGACGGUAUUAUCUCAGUGAUAAGAUACAGUUUGACAAAACUUCACAAACAAUAUAAACACAAAAGCAAAAAGGAGACGAUGUGAUCAGACACAUGAUACGAUCUCACGACCCCAGUGCUCGAAAGCUGUAUUCUAAUAAUAUUUAUCAUGUAUUCGUUUCCUAACCUUAUAUCCGUAGCACUAAUGAAAAGUGCUUUAAGUCCAAUUCUGUCGAAGGAUACACAAGUCAACAGGUGGGUUUUUAACUAUGGACUCCUUUCCAUUAAAAUUUCGUUGUCUGUCAGUCAUAAAAUGAACGCUCGAAUUUAUGUAAUAAAUAUUUUCUAUACCUACCAAAAUUAUGAACUGAAGAAUUUAUUUGCUGAAAAAAUAUUUUACUUUGCCAUCUAUUCAUCGGAAGGUGCGGUGAUUGAAGUAAAUCUCUAAAGCCAAAAUUCAAUACAGCUAGAUAAUAAUGCGAUUAUAUUUCAAUCUUUUAGUGGUAAAAUUAUAUACCCAGUGUAACUCGGUUCAUUAGUAUGUUAUUUAUAUAUUAUUUAUAGUGUAUACCGAUAGAAUCAGUAAAUAAGUGGCCAUUAUGUAUUUAUUUCAAAAACACAAAUCUAAUGCCGACCCUAAGGUUGACCCAACCUAAACAUUAUAUUUAUUUAUGUUUAUCCCUAGAAUAAAUCAAGUGGAUUAUUUGUAAACCACGUGUGCAGCAAGUUUGUUGUCACGGUGUUUUCCAUUAUUUCACAUUUCCACAAAUUGUGCAUUCCUUCAAGUUGUCCGUUAGAUUAGUACUUGUUUAUUUCGUCUUCUGCAAUAGUGUUGCUUGCGAUACAGUAUUGUACCAAGCAAAAACCAACUGGUAAUUGUGAAAAACCAUUCCUAUUGGUUUUAUAAUCGUCAGCUGACCGAGCGUUGUUAUUGUUCUAUAACUUGUGUUCACAGUAUGUUUUCUACACAGAUUGGUCCUCAGCGCACAUGAAUAGUAUAAAUCUCCACUAUCCGUAGUUCUCGUGUGUUGUCAUUUAAUUUGUUUUGUAGACGUGUGCGUUUUGCGGCAAUCUUGCAUAUUUUGUGAAAUUAAAAUAAUUGGUCCUUUAUAGUGGUAGGUUGUGACUGCUCAAUUUGGAUAAAAUAUAGGUUUUGUGACCUGACAAUUAAGUGCUUACUAUACAAAAGAAUUGUAUUUGUCGAUUGAGCCAAAUCUUUAAAUAAAAAUUGAUUUUGAAAUUUGCCACCCUGUAUACAUUAAAGUAAGACUAGACGACCAGACGACCAGACUUAAGAAAGUAGAGAAUUUUACAUAAAGGAUUUUAUAGCACCUCUUGGCUAUAGGAUGUUAGUGACAUCAAGCGUUGGAGAGCAAGGAUGGAAGAAUAGUUUUGUACGCAAGGCGUAUUAGUAGUUGUGUAAUAUGUGGGAAAAGGACUAGAGGCUAAUGUUACCGAGUCAGACUGUUGAUGGGCCUUAAGGCAGUAGUGUAAGUGUGUAUGUCACACGUUGUACAGACGGACUAAUGUAUAAAUAUGUGCAGCCUUUUGGUUGUUACGAUGUAAUCGACGCGUGAGAUGAUCGUUCCACGAUCAAGUUAUAGUGUAAUGAGGUAUUUAUUUGUUCAAAUAAUUUUAUUUGUACAAUGGCGGUUAGGAAGUACCCAUUCAAUACCUACAUAUCCUCUAAGUACUGUUGUAUAUUGUAUAUUUACUUAAUUAUUGUCUUUUAUCAAAUGUAAGUAUUACGACUUUACUAGAUACUGUCUCUAGAUAAUUAAUUAAUUCUUCUUGUUAAGAUCUAAUGUAACAUAAUACUAGUUGGCCGCCAUUGCUUAUUAUUUAAAAUAUUGUGGUUGUAAUAUAUUAUAGCGCACUCGAAUGACCCCAACACGUGCUGUGUCAUAGAUAAGUUAAAUAAAGUUGAACAUGGAUCCAA